UCUCUCCUCCUCAGGAACCACAGAGUGACAAACUUCCUCCUCGCUGCGUCUCGGACCAACCUCCUCUCGUUUUAUUUCUCUUUUCCUGCUUUUUCUGUCCCUAACCCACUAACCCUCCUCUCCUCCUCUCCUCCUCCCCCCCCCCCUGGAGCACAGAGAGAGGACAGUCUCUGCUGGUGUUGUGGGCGCUGCGUUAUAAAGCGCGUAAAGCUGCGCCGGUCUCUCUCCAGUUCAGUUCGGAGUCUCCAGUCCGCUGCGCGCUGCAAACUAUCAGACCAUCAGGAGCUGCAGCUGCAAUCAGACCACAAGGACCUGCAGACCUGCAGCUGCUCAGCGAGGACCCGCCGCUCUCUACCUGGAUUAACUCUAGAGAGGAACCGCUGUGUGUCGCCACCAGCCAGCCAACCAGCACCAGCACCAGCAUCACCCACAGCACCAGCAGCAGCAGCCUCCUCUCCUCCUCACCUCCAGCCUGCAACUCUUAGUUCCUCGGUGUCAUGAGGUGCGUGGUGUCCUGUUCUGGCAGCCUGGGCUGCUGAGGGUCUGAGGGUCUGAGGGUCUUGUCUGUGCUGUGAGUUGGAUACCAGCAGAUACCAGGUGGAUUCCAGGUGGAUUUAUGGUCCUCAGAGCAUCGACUACCAGCCGAGGGAAACUAUCUGAACUGUGAUCUGGUGAGGAUGCAGGUGACGUGUUGGAGCUUCGUGUUCGUCCUGGUUACGAGUGCCGACGCCUCAAAGUCAGACAUCGUGAAGUCGGGAAGCCCCAAGUCCACACUAAAGCACAUAUGGACAGAAAGCAGUAAGGAUAUGUCCAUCAGUAGGCUGCUGUCACAGACUCUACACGGCAAAGAGAACAGCACAGCCUUGGACCUUCGCUACGACACUCCCGAGCCCUACUCCGAGCAGGACCUGUGGGACUGGCUGAGGAACACCACGGACCUGCAGGACUCGCGGCCGCGGGCUAAACGGCGGCCGAUGGUCAAGACGGGGAAGUUCAAGAAGAUGUUCGGCUGGGGGGACUUCCACUCCAACAUCAAGACGGUCAAACUCAACCUGCUGAUCACCGGUAAGAUCGUGGAUCACGGCAACGGCACCUUCAGUGUCUACUUCCGCCACAACUCCACGGGCCAGGGCAACGUGUCCGUCAGCUUGGUCCCGCCGACCAAGAUAGUGGAGUUCGACGUGGCGGCGCAGCAGUCUGUCAUCGACGCCAAGGAUUCAAAGUCCUUCAACUGCCGCAUCGAGUACGAGAAGGUGGAGAAGGGCGCCAAGAACACGCUCUGCAACUUCGACCCGUCCAAGACCUGCUACCAGGAACAGACCCAGAGCCACGUCUCCUGGCUCUGCUCCAAACCUUUCAAAGUCAUCUGCAUCUUCAUUUCCUUCUACAGCACCGACUACAAACUGGUGCAGAAGGUUUGCCCGGACUAUAACUACCACAGUGACACUCCCUACUUCCCCUCCGGCUGACGCUCCCACAACCACACACACACUCACAGUAACGUGGACGAGCGGAGCGCAGACCGGGGCUUCUACCCGUCCCAGAGAAACGUGUCUGUUAGCCGUUCUGUCCCUGAACAUGUUCACACCAGAGAGUCAAACAUCAACACUGAUUUAACAAUUUAAUCUUCUGAAUUCUGCAGAGAGAGAGCAGUUACAGUUUAACAGUUUAACAAUUAGAAGGUGGUAUAAAGGACUGUAAUAUGCUUAAACAUGACCUGGAAAACUCUGUGAUUGAUUAUCAUUAUUAACAGUUAGUUCUUUGUCCCUGUUGACCCACGUGUAGAUAGCAGAGCUGAUUGCUCCUUUUAUUAAACUCUGCCCUUAGUUCUUUAUGUUUAGUUUUCAUGUUAAUAACUUUGUUUUAACAUAUCUCAUAUAGAAUUGAUUAACUCUCUGGACAACAACAUACGGACUGUUUGCCCCCGCUGUGUUAUUUACGCUCUACGGUUUAUCCUGCAUAACUGGAAAACAAAAUGAAAAACUCCUCAUUUAAAAAGAUUAAAACAGAAAAUAAAAUCCACAGAUGUUUUUAACAAACCUGCGACGAGGCAGCUGAAGAUUCAGACGUGAGUUUAAUGUUUAAUGCUUUGAGCAACGGGAGGUUGAUGGUUCAGAUCCUCUGAUACUGUCCAUCUUCAGCUGUCAUCAGCUAGAUGUGAUUGGUUCAUUCUCAGCUGAUUGAAUGUCUGAUUAGCUGAUUGAUUGAUUGAUUGAUUGAUUGAUUGAUUGAUUGAUUGGUUGAUUGAUUGAUCAGUGAGUCAUUCGUGGGGGAUGGGGCUUGCUCAUUGUCACUUAAUAUAUCAAAUGUAAUGUAUUGAAUUCUAUAUCUUAGAGCCUAAUUUGUACGAAUGGUUUGUAUUGUACAUAGUUUAUCUCAUCGGCGCCGCUUCUGUACAUCCCCCCCAUGAGCUGUGUGUUUAACCCCUUACCCGCUGAGUCCUCUUGUUCACUCCAUUUAUGCUCGUUCUCGGUUCCUCUAUCAAAGAAAAUGAUGUUGCUGCCCUACAGUAGAUGUGAACUUCAUGAAAUCAGCAAUCCUGUACAGAAGCUGAAAAACUGACUAAAUAUAUUAAAAGUA